AUGGCAACUACAUGCCAAUCUCGUUGCCUAGAUCCGCGUGGAAUAGCUCGCUUUGAACAUUCAUCGCUGCGUGCCGAAGAGACCGAGGAGCAGACGAACAAUUCGCUCUGGACCACCGAAUUGGUUCCACGCGGUUCUCCGCAAAAGAUGCUGAAUGAUUCGUCAUCUUGGGACCGUCGUUCUGUGGCCACCGACAUCUUUCAUCCGUUGUAUCAACCCGCCGCCAUGACUGUGACCUAUGUUCGUACUCAACAAGAACGCACACAGCACCAACUUCCACAAAUGCCCGACGUGAUUAGUUACAGCCCGUUCCACGCCAAACACCACAUCCACCCACACUCUGCCCUACAUCUAUCAUCUUGGUCAAACGAGUUCAACCCCACCGGUGUGACAAUGGGAAGGACUGAUUUGGAUCUGCCGACCAUUUUCAGCAAAGUUAGUCCCGCAAUCGCUCGGUUUCCACCUCGACUAGAGCAACCACCAAUCAACAGCACCACAAAGCAAACGAUUCUAUCGGGAUCCAGACAGGGCAUUGUUGAUCACUCUGAGGAUUUACCCACUCAGGAUACCGACAGUUUUCAAAGUUCCGAAGGUAACAGCAGCUCAAACCUAACGUGCAGUUUCGCAAAUUAUUCAUUUAACGACCCUAUCGAUCGCACAACUUUGAGUGAUGUGACUAAACUGGUCAAUCUCGAACCGGCAAAUUCCACGCAUAACUGUAUUUCAUGUGCAGCCGAUUUGGGUAGGAUGAUGCCAUGGGCUGUGAGAGAUCACAAAGAGUCCGAACAUAUUCAAUCAUCACCAGUUAUUCGCCAAUCCAGUGUUACUUGGAUCAAAUCUUGCACCUCCGGACUUCGGAGUCUAUCUCCCCGGAUCCAAACACCGAAAUCGAAUCAAACUCAUUUGACAAGUUCUGCUGCUCAGUCAGUUCCAAACGUUCGUUAUGCGAGCCAUUUUUCCAACUGCAUGCAGGCUGGCGUCUCCCCGUUCAGGACAAAUGGUCUUCUGGCCAUGUAUGACCAACCUCCUGGUCGUGAACAUCGGGAACAAUGUUGGAUGUCGCCGCGAUCACCAGACUGGUUGUCUUCUGAAACUGAUGCUGUAAAUUCCCUGACACCUCCCUGUCCGCAGAUUUCCGCUGAUCCAACAUUUUUCAUGAUCCCUCCCGCUGAAUCACUAUGGUUAUCUCAGGACCCCAUCAACAAACAGUCUUGGUCCAAACCCACCAACUACCAAAAUCAAUGUGAUAAUCGAUCGCGUACCGGUCAGUUGGGAAAAGUGCCACAAGUGGAUGAGAAAUACAAUAAAAUGAACGUUCCAAUUCAGUGUUCUCCCCAAUCCAAAUCCCCAGAUUCUCACUUAUGGAAUCAAUUGAAGAUGGAACAGGGACUGAAUCGAUUUGAGCAGGAUGGCUUGGACGAAGAGGUGAAGGAGGACGAUGCUACUUGCACCGACUCGGGGGACACGAUUGGUCGAACCCGAAAAGAACGCACAGCAUUCACCAAACAGCAGAUUUGUGAACUUGAGCGAGAAUUCUCGAUGCAUAGUUAUUUAACACGUCUGCGCCGCUAUGAAAUAUCUGUGGCCCUGAAUUUGACCGAACGACAG